AUGGCGGUAGCCGACUUAUCAGGUCAGGCUGUGACGCUCUUCUGCUGCCUCUUGAGCCUCUAUGUCUUCAGGAUUAUCACGACAUAUGCUAAGUUGAUGCAGUUCCGGGGGCCCUCGGGGACCGGCAUUUCGAACUGGCCUCAUAGCAUGGCGAUGCUUCGAGGCAAUUGCCACGAGUGGUACGCAGAAGUCAACAAGAAACAUGGUCCGAUCGCCCGUGUCGCGCCUCAAGUGCUGGUCACGUCUUCUCCCGAAGUUUGGAUGCACGUAAACAACAAGCCUGGCUACAAACGCUCCAAUUGGUACUACAAAGCCGCACGAAUCGAGUACCGGAGGGACAAUGUCUUCAGUCAGACGGAUAACACGAAACACGAGCAGCGGAGGAAGCAGAUGGCUCCAGGGUAUUCGGGAAGGGAGAAUAUCCAGCUCGAAGGGUCGAUAGAUGAACGACUUCAAGAUUUUCUCGAGGAGGGGCUUGCUAUCGGCAAUACCGCCCUUGCGAUGGGCUUCAGCUGGAUCACCCAAAUGCCCUUCAUCGGCAGGUUUAUUGCACCUUCGCCCAAAGAUAGCAACGGCUUCGGUAAGAUGAUGGCCGCAUGCUUCCGCCUUGUUGAAGAGCGCGCUGCGGGCUCCACCGACGAAAAAUCCGAUAUGUUAGCCUCCUUCAUGCGCCACGGUCUAGCAGGUGACGAGCUGCGCACUGAAGCCCUAGAACAAAUAAUUGCGGGCUCUGACACCACUGCUGGCGCCAUCCGUGGCACCCUUCUGUACCUCAUAACGAACCCCCGUGUCUACCUCAAGCUACAGUACGAAAUUGACGAUGCCACGCGCCGCGGCUUUGCUCCGAGCAAAGACGAAAGCCUUAUUACUGCCGCCCAGGCUAGAAAUCUUCCGUACCUCCAGGCCGUGAUUCGCGAAGCUCUGCGAGUCUGCCCGCCUGUUACGAACGUCUUCCCGCGUGAUAUCCCGCCAGAUGGCGAUGCUCUUAUCGUCGACGGGGAGAGCGUAUUGUUACCGGGCGGCGCCUGCAUUGGGUACUCCGCAUACGCUAUGCACCAAAGCGAGAAGAUCUAUGGCAAGGACGCAGAGGCUUUUCGACCAGAGCGGUGGCUCGAGUCGAACCCUGCCAAGCUGGCUGUCAUGGUUCGGACCAACGAACUCAUUUUCGGCCACGGCAGAUUCCAGUGUUUAGGGAAGGCAGUGGCACAAAUCGAGAUCGGAAAGACGGUAUUCGAGCUGUUGCGUAACUUCGACCUAGCACUUAUCAGCCCCACGCAUCCCUGGGAUGCGCGGAACUACCUAGGGCUUUUUGCGAUUUCAAAUAUGUGGGUGCAAGUGAUGGAGCGAAUGCCCUGUUCUCCUUGA